AUGGCUGCUACUACUACUGAUCAUCAUAAGUGGAUGAUGCAGUUGUAUGAGCAGCCUCAGAUGGAUUGUGAUGGAAGCAACAUGGCUCCUCCUAUCAUGGAAGCAUUUUCUGAUGCAACUGUGGUGACAACUAUGUCACCAGAGAGCAGCAGCAUGAUGAUGUUGAGCCAAAUAAGCAAUAGUAGUAGUAGUACUAGUAUUAGUAAUGUUCAGUUGUUAAGUCCAAAGAGAAAUAAUAAUAAUAAUAGUGCAUUCAAACCAAUCAGAAAGAGAUCAAGAGCUUCUAGGAGAACCCCAACAACCCUACUCAAUGCUAAUACCAAUAACUUUAGGGAAUUAGUUCAGAAAUUUACAGGCUGUGGUAGCACUCACAUGUCUCUAUCAAUCCAUAAGGGACCUAUUACCUUGAAUUUCCAACAAGGAAGCAAUAAUAAUGAUAAUAAUCACAAGAUGAUUCUUCAUCAUUAUCAUCAGCAGCAGCAGCAGCAGCAGAAUAGUACAACAACAAGUGGAACAGUUUCACCAUUUGGCACCAGAACUAGUAAUUAUUAUUUCCAUAAUCAACAAGCUCAUAAUCAUGAUGUAGCUGCAGUGAUGCCAUCAUCACAAGAACAGCAAAGUGGUGGUGGUGGCUUAAUCUCUACCUCCUUGGACUCUAAUCUUCCUUCUUAUGAUGUUGAUUACUUAUCAUCAUCAAGGCCUACCAGCAUGGAUGCCUCUGAAGACUUUGGUUUGCAUCAACUAACUGUGAAUGAUUUCUCCAACAAUGGAAUUAAGGGGAGUGGUUUCUUCAUGUGA